GUAGUAAUCUGUAACACUAUAGUAGUUGUGAACUUUUUUUAAUAGACAAAUGUUAGUGGUUAAUUUGUUAGCCGCAGGGAUUGAAUCUUGAACGUCCUGAUUAAUACUUCUUCAACGUCACAACUUAUAUCACUGAGCUACACUUUCGAUAAGACGGUAUUAGUAGAACUGUGCAGUGACAUAAAUUGACUAGUUGGGAGGUUAAUAAUAAUAUACACAGUUAAAAUUUAUAAGGGUGAUAGAUAAAUGACUCACCAUAUUAUUGAUGGUGGGGACUGAAUAUAUCAGCCUCAGAGAUCUAACAACAAUAAAAUACAGCAACCUAGCUGUCUGUAAAGUCAUGGAUGGGAUUUGUGGAACACUGUGGAGUCCACAGAUUUUUUGCAUUUCUGUUAUUAGCUCUUUUGUUUUGGUUAUUUUACACAAGAUAAGGGUUCUACCAGGGGCAUCUCAGGCUUGGAAAUUAAUUUUGUUUGCAGAUUACUGUGAUCAUUUGUGUAUGAAUUUGUGAGGCCUUGUCAUCAUGGAGUGGAAUGCGAAAUCUCCCGGGCAAUGGGACUGGGAACACUUAUUCUUCUUGAAUUCAAAAGCAACAGAAAAUCCCAGGUUACAAUCAACUGAUUGGAGCGCGGAGGCAGAUCGAGAAAUCAAUGCUGGUGUUUUGUUUCCGUCGGGUGGUAGUGGUUAUUCUCUGCACGCUUCAUCCUCGAGAAGCUCAAAGUCUGCUUCCAAUAAUUCAUCAUCAAAUGGAGACAGCAACAGCAAAACAUCGAUGCUAACUCAGGAAGGUUCUCAAGAUGAUUCAACUGGUAAGAAAGAAUUGUCGAAAGGAGAGCCGAUCGAAACUUCUCCAGCAGCAGAGCCCUCUGCUGUUGUCUCUGGUGACACAUUGCUCACAUUAAAGCUUGGUAAAAGAUUCUACUUUGAGGAUGUUUCUGCCGGAAGUCAUUCCAAGAAAUCUGAUUUCUCUGCAGUUGAUCUUUCGUCUGCAAAGAAAGGUAAAUCGAGCAGUCGGAACUUGAUACAUCCAAGCUGCCAGGUGGAAGGUUGCGGUAUUGACCUCUCUUCUGCUAAAGAUUAUCAUCGAAAACAUCGUGUUUGUGACACUCAUUCCAAAUCCCCCAAGGUGGUUAUAGCUGGUUUGGAGCGUCGAUUUUGCCAGCAAUGUAGCAGGUUCCAUUCUUUAUCAGAGUUUGAUGAGAAAAAAAGAAGCUGCAGAAGACGUCUUUCAGAUCACAAUGCAAGGCGCCGCAAACCUCAGCCUGAAGCAAUGCGAUUGAAUCCAUCAGCUCUGUCUUCGUCGUCCUAUGAUGGGAGGCAAAUUAUGGGCCAAUUUGCUUUUUCAAGGAAUGCAACAAAUUUAGCUUGGCAGGACAUACACAGCAGCAAGUUCCCUCAAACAAAAGAUUUUAUUCUCAAAACUCCGAAAUCUUUUAAUAAGAUUGUCACUAUGCUUUCUGAUGAUUCCAGUGACCUUCUUGCUUCCAAAGGCAUAGGAACCAAGGCUACUCUUCCAGGUAUUGAAGACUCAUCUAACUUGUCUGAUCCAAAUGCUACGCAAGAUGUUAACCGUGCUCUCUCUCUUCUGUCAACAAAUUCAUGGGGCGCCGCAUACCAAACCAAAUCUCUCUCCCUAGAACACUCCAACCGAACGAGUUCCACUCCGUCCAUAACACACGCAAUUGCACCGCGGUUUCCAUUUUCGUCAUCGGAAUAUUGGCACACUGAUCAACAACAGGCCAACUCCAGCACCUGCAUCUCGUUCUCGGGUUAUGACAGUAACAAUCGCUUUCAAGACUUUGAGCAUUUCAACACACCCUUUGAUUCGGGUUUCCCUUGCAACCAGCUGGAUUAAUGAGUAUGGUUAUUCUCUUCAAAAAAAUAAAUGAGUAUGCUUCUUCCAAUGGUCCCAACCCCAUUAUGUCACUGAUAUACUAAUGCUUUUGUAGGGCCUGAUUAUCAUCUUUUGCAAUGUUGGGGGGUGUUUUAUUUUUAAGAGUACAACAAAUCAAAAAACUUGUUUGCAUAGUGAUUGGUAAACUACAUUUUCUCAAUAGAUUAUUGUAGUCAUUUUCUUUUUAUAAUUCUUACCUUGCUCA